AUUACAGUCAGCCUGUUAUAUCGACAGGUGUUAACACACGUCUAACUCUGAUCUCGUAACUGUGAAGUUCAAUUAUAUUUCUGAUUGAUAAAAAAUGGCAAAUCGACCAGUGAUAAAGGAGGCGAGCAGUCAGCCACACUUUUUGCAGUUCAACAAUCUUGCAUGUGAAACAGCUGGAGGGAAGGUAAUUUUUGCCACAGAUGAGUGGUUUGCCCCUGCUAGAAAUCUUUUGAAGAGAGAUCCUCCAGAAUUCAUAGCUACAUCAUUUACUGAAUUUGGGAAAUGGAUGGAUGGCUGGGAAACCAGGAGGAAAAGAAUUCCAGGUCAUGACUGGUGCAUCGUGCAGUUAGGAGUUCCAGGAAUUAUUCAUGGCUUUGAUGUUGACACGUCCUUCUUCACUGGAAACUAUGCCCCGUACGUCUCCAUUCAAGCUGCGUGUCUUGAUCAUGCACCCUGUUUUUCUCUGGAUGGAGAUCGUACAGGAAUGGCUGCUUCCCCAAGCCAGAUUGAAGCUGUUGCGCAGCUUAACUCAGACGGAUGGGAGGAGCUUGUCCCAGUGACAGUGCUGAAGCCGGGGUACUCGGACUCAUGCCACAACUACUUCAGCGUCACGUUCCCACAAAGAGUCACCCAUAUCCGCCUUAAUAUAUAUCCAGAUGGUGGAAUUGCAAGGCUGAAAGUCUAUGGCAUUGGAAACAAGGACUGGUCAACUGUGCCUCGUAAAGACCAAGUGGAUUUGGUUGCCCUGGUCAACGGAGGAGUAUGUGUAGGCUACAGCGAGGCCCACUACGGUCACCCGCGCAAUAUGAUUGGUCUGGGGAGGGCUGACAACAUGGGUGAUGGGUGGGAGACAGCCAGACGUCUGGAUCGGCCCAAAAUUUUGAAAGUGGAUGAAAAAGGCAUAUUACAGGUGCCAGGCUGUGAAUGGGCUAUUUUCAGGCUAGGACAUCCUGGAGUGAUAAGCAGAAUCGAGCUAGACACCAACCAUUUUAAAGGAAACUUCCCAGACUCUUGCAGAGUUGAGGCCUGCAAUUUGACUCGAGAUGAGGAGAGGACAUUUCUUCUUAACCAGUGGAGCAGUGACAAAAGCCCCAAGUGGAGAAUUCUUCUUUCUCCCCAGAAACUGAAGCCACACCACAGGCAUUUCUUUUCUGGGGAGUCUGUAAUGGGAUGUGGGGCUGUGACUCAUGUACGCCUGGUCAUAGCUCCAGAUGGAGGGUUAAGCCGUCUCAGACUCUGGGGUCAGCCGGUGUCUAACAAUCUGACCCGUCCUCAACAAACAUCCAAACUGUAACUCCAACACACAGCUACAAAAUGUUGCAAUGGAAAACUUGCAAAAAAGUUCACAUAAGACUAGCUUAAUUUUCUUAUAAUACAUACCAUACCAUCCUACACCACCAUAUUGCACACUAUGCAUCCUAUAGUUUAUGGUAUAAUAUGCUGGAGUGUUGCGUUACUGGCUGCUGGUUUAUAAAACACUAUAAAAGGAGUUCAGUACCUUGUAUAUUUCUAGAUUUAAUGCUUUUGAAUUAGAUUAUUAGUUUGGAAAAUCAGUAUAGCCAUGCCUUAUUGAAGCACAGAUGGAGGUGAAAUAUGGCAGUCUGUCAGUAUGAAUGUGAAUGUUUGCUAAAAAAAAAUACUUGUCUGGGCAAUUAUCCAAUUUUAGGAACAUUCCAUAACAACAAAAUGCAGACAGUCUUGAGUUUUUUUGUAUGUCUAUGUUGCUGUAUAAUAGGAUUCAAGACUUGUUAUGUAUGCAUGUUAAAUAAAAGCAAUGACCAUGAGUAUUGUAUAUUCAAAGAUAAUAUUUUAUCCAACAUAUUUAUGAACACGUUGAACAAGUUUACCUCGAUCAAGGAUUGUGCUUUUUUGUUUAUCUAAAUGUUUAAUAUGGAAUAUUUAACACAUAAUAGCCUGUACCAGUUAUUUUAUUACCAUUAUGGGUUUUAAUGAUGGACGUCUAAUGAAUAUACCACACAGUAAUAGUAUGCCUAUAGUAAUUUUAUGAAACGUAUUGUUCAACCGUGCUUCUAUAAGAGGUGCUUCGAUGCCGUGUAAGAACCCUUUUGGUUCCAUAAAGUUCUUUAGAAUCUAAAGUUUAGAUUAUAAAAAGUAAGAAAGAAAUGGUUCUUUAUAGAACCUUUGACUGAAUGGUUGUUUGUAGAAGCAAAAAUGGUUAUUCUAUGGCAUUGCUAUGUGAAGAACCUUUUAAGCACCUUUAUUUUUGUGUAGCUGGAAAUUUAAUUAUUCUUUUAACUCCUACAGACCCUGUACAACUGUCCAUUUAAUUAUUUUAAGGUUAUAUUUAUAGUUCUGAUGUUGAUUAAUGACAGAUGUUCCAAAAUACAAUGUGUAACAGUUCCUCUUUUAAAGGUUCUGUGUGUGAUUUUUGAGAGUAUCGGUUGACAGAAAUGCAAUAUAAUAUACAUGACUAUGUCUUCAGAGGUGUAUAAGUGUUUUGUUUUUAUUACCUUAGAAUUCACCAUGUUGUUUUUGCAGUAGCCCUAAACAGACAAACUGCUCUACAGAGCCUGUUUUCGUAAAUUUUUUCAUUUAUGGAAAAUAAAUUACCAAAUAUUU